UUAAUGCAUCAUAUCAUGGCUAGUCGUGGCUUGUGAAAGCAGCUAAUUGUGAAUAUUAUUGUUUUUCUGUUAAGGAAUUUUAAACGUAUUGAUUAGUAUAUAAUUAAUUUGUAUUUGAAUACUUUUAUUUUACACCUAUUAUUUUAUCAUUGGGUUUCAGUUACGUGUAUUGUCUCCGAUUUAUAAAGAUACUGCUCCGCGCAGGUGAGGUGUUUAACUAAUACGAAAUUGUGAAAAAGAUGAAUGAAUAAAUAAUUAUAUACCUGGAUUAAUAACAACAAUGAAGAAAUGUAUUUUCUUGUGCUUUUAAGGUAAUAAUGCUGCAUUCAAUAUGAAGGAGAUGGUAGGAGGAUGCUGUGUAUGCUCUGAUGAGCGUGGUUGGCCAGACAACCCGCUAGUUUAUUGUGAUGGGAAUGGGUGUACUGUUGCAGUUCAUCAAGCCUGUUACGGGAUAAUUUCUGUUCCUACAGGACCCUGGUUCUGCCGGAAGUGUGAGGGUCCCGAAACCAAAGGCAAAGUUAGAUGCGAACUCUGCCCUUCAAAGUCUGGUGCUUUGAAGAGAACAGACACUGGUGGUUGGGCUCACGUUGUAUGUGCACUGUACAUACCUGAAGUCAGAUUUGGGAAUGUAACAUCUAUGGAGCCAAUUGUUUUGAGGUUGAUUCCUCCAGAAAGAUAUAACAAGAUAUGCUACAUCUGUCAGGAUUUGGGAAAGACCCAUAGAGCCAAUGCGGGUGCAUGUAUGCAGUGCAAUAAAUCAGGGUGCAGGCAGCAAUUUCACGUGACUUGCGCACAAGCAUUGGGCCUACUCUGUGAGGAAGCUGGCAACUACCUUGAUAACGUCAAAUACUGCGGUUAUUGCCAACACCACUACAGUAAAUUGAAAAAGGGUGGUAACGUGAAGACAAUUCCGCCUUACAAGCCGGUUACUCACGAAAGUCAAUCGAGUGACUCGAGCGGCGAGAAGGAGGGUGAGGCAUCUCCUAUGGCCACUGGCAGCGGUACUCCAACCCACGCUUCUAAAUCUAAAGGGCCUGGUCGUAAGACGUCUCAUUCAUCGACUUCAAAUAAGAACGCACCGAGUUCAUCAAAAGUACCACCCGUACCAGUGCAGCCGCAAGAUAAGAAGAAGCCAUCGCCAAAUCGCCGUGGUUCUUCGGCUGAUACGGGAACUGGUAGUAAGAAUAAUACGCCUGCACCUUCGCCUCAACACAACGUUGACACACAGAAAAGUGAAGUUGGAGGCAGGAGUAAAGCGAGCACCCCGGCUCCAUCUCCUAGGCGUACUCCUGAACCAACUCACGAGCAAGCUAAAGCUGGUGGCAAUACACCUGGAUCUAAUAAGGUACCAGCGCCGGUCGCUUCCCCAAGUGUCAAAUCCAACGAGCCUGUUGGAGUCAUCAGCUCUGUUGCUUCUGCCACUCCGGCUACCAGUACUCCACCGCCUGGAUCGUCAGCAACAUCGGUGGUCCAAGUAGCCUCUUCAAAGGCACACCAAGAGUCUGUUAUAACAAAUACAGAGGCAGUGGAGACCAAGCAGACGAAGAAACGCAAAGCAAUGUCCGCUUCGAACGUGCAAAGCUCUGAGUACAAUCUGACUCCGCCUCCACAAAUUGCCCCACCUCCGCCACCAUCGGAGACACAGACUUCGAGCAGUGCCUGGGAAUCCCACGCAACCAAUGAGCCACAUAUUGAUAUGGACAAAGUCAUUAAAAAGGCAAAGAUGGAAGGUCCAGAUGCAAUUACUGCAACAAUGCAGUUUGCGAGUGUAACCCAACCACAACCGCCGCCGGCCCGAAGCCCAGUGUCACACCCUAGUCCAAGGCAUCUACCAAGUCCAAUGCCCGGGCCGAGUGGCAUGAAUCAGAUGACGAAUAUUCGAUCUCCAUCGCACAUGCAGGGCGCGAAAGGUCGCGAUGGGACGGCAUCUCUGCUCGUCUCGGUGCCUUUGCCGACGUCCAGCCAAGGCCUGCACUUCACCCAACACCAGAUACCUGGACCACCGUCGGAUAUAGCCGGACAUACAAAUAUGAUGUUUCAUCAAGUGCACAAACAAGCUGCUAUGGAACAAAGUGUUGCUGGUCAUCAAUCUCAUAUUCCAGGAAGGUCAGCUUGGGGCGGUCUGACCGUCACCUACGAAUUGCAAGAUCCUAACAAAACCGGGGUUGGAAUGGCUGUUCCCAAGGACCAGAUGGGUCCCAACAUGGGGCAAAUAGUUCCCGCGCAUCGUAAUAAGAAACGCGCUAUAGCCCAUACAGCAACUUCAGUUGUGGCCAUGACAAAUCCUCCACCGCAACCUAUACAAGCCGCAGCUCAGAAUUUGGCUAACAUACGUCGACCACCUAUGCCGACUCCACCGCCAAUGUACCACGAGCAAAACAUUAAGGAGUCGCCACCAAGCUCGCCAAGUUCAGAGAGGCCACUGAAGCCAAAGUUUGAAAACAAAAUGAGUGUGGGCUGUAGCGCUCCACAUAUGCUCGGUAACGAGUUGAACCCCGAAAGCGGUGUUGCAGCGCGCUUGCAAGAGCAACUUAGUGCUGAGUUAGCAGCACACGCGGCUGGUACAACAGGACCGGAGCCACUCAUACCACCACCGCUAAUUAAUAAAGCUGCACCAAUGGGUGGAGCAGGAAGGGGCACGUCGAGCGCCCAAAGUCUAGAUCAGCUUCUAGAGCGACAGUGGGAGCAGGGAUCCCAAUUUCUCAUGGAACAGGCGCAACACUUCGACAUUGCUUCGUUGCUGUCCUGUCUGCACCAACUCCGAACAGAGAAUGUCCGUUUAGAAGAACACGUUGGCAAUUUACUUCAGCGGCGUGAUCACUUACUGGCUGUCAAUGCUCGUCUUGCAAUACCACUUACAGACGUGUCAGGCCCGCCAGAACAACAGAGGUGCCCUCGAGACAUUUCAUCGCAGGCUAAAGCUCAGCCGCCACCCACCAGGUCUGCUGAAGCUUUGAAUGCAGACAGGCACCAGUCUCUAGCUAUGGAUCAAGUAAACCGAUACUUUUGAGUGCGUUAUGUAAUGGCACUUGUUUAACCUUAGCUGAUAAUGCGCGAGGUACAACCAAAGCCGCCCAGCUGAAAUGAACCGGGCGGCAGCGGAGUGCCACGCGAACCUGAUCCGCUGCGGACCGUCCAGGCCUACAUCAAUAUCGAACACCAACAGCGACGCCGGCCUGAUUUCUCUAUUGAAUCCAUACUUAAAUACGACUGAAUCGCGAGAAAAUAGAUUUUGUACUAUACCACGUUUCCUACUUAUUGGACUUUUCUUGUGUAAAGAUUUGGAUAAUUAUUUUAAUGGUGUGGACAGUCGUAAUCAUAAGACUGAAAGGUUAAACGAAACAGGGUCUAAAUUUAUUUAGACUUUACGUGACGUUAGUGUGCGGGAAUAUUUGAAAGAUGGUAUAGGUUAAAUAUAACGUAAUCGGAGUCAAAUACGUAACUGAAACUUUAACUAUCAGAAUUUUAUUGAUAAAUUAUUUUCUUUUAUUAAUUUCGAUUUUAUAAAGAUUGUGGAACUACAUUGUGUAAGUGUUUUAUAAAUGUGCAAAUUUUGUAUUGUAUCUGAUUCAAUUUAAUGUUGUUCAGGGAAUUAUAGAAUUUCAUUGUGUGUAUUAAUGUUAAUGCCGAUUCAUUGUGUAAUAGACAUAAUAUAUUUAAAAUGUCGAAUUCAGUGGCUGCUUUAUAUGUUUUAAACUAUUUCAUAGCCGCAUUUAAAUGUUAGUUUUAAGACUAGGAAUAAGUUUUAGGAUAUGGUAUAAAUAUAUAAAUUUUUCUUGUAUACAGUAAUACCCCGGACUUACGCGAUAGGUGGGACUGAGCGCUAUCCGCGUAAGUCGAAUUCGCGUAAGUCGGGGUACAAAUUUGCAUAUAAAGAUAUACAAAGUAUGUUUAAUUGGGACUGGAGACUAAAUAAAUCAAUAAUUUAGGAAAUAUUAUUACAUAUAUAAUUUAGUAUCUCAUUCUAGAUAAUAUGACAAAUUAUAUUAAUAGAGUGUAUAAACGCAAUCUGAAGUUAGUUUGAUGUAGAAGGUUUCAUAAAUUGUAAUUACAAACUCGUUUUCUUCUCCCGUAUAUCUCCUCGUAGCAUCCUAGUAAUUUUUUAAUUCCA